GUCUCAUAACAUUAUUAUUGUCUUUCUUACCAUUGAAAAAUUCAAUUAUUACUUUGAGUUACCCAUUUUUUUUACUAAGUUGUCGAGGUUCUCUGAAUUUUUUAUUAGCAAUGAGUGAUUAUCCAAAAAGAUUGAGCGGUGCGGAAUAUCGUAAAAGGAAAUCAGAAAAAUCAUCAAAACAAGAAACUUUACUGAAUCAAAUUCCAAAAAUGUCUAAUUUUAUGAUAAGAUCAGAAAAACUUGUAAGUGAAGAUCAGCAAGCAUCAGGUUCAUCGGACCCGGGAUUAGAUGACACUUCAGCACAAGAUACCAAACAAAUACAAUCGAAUCCUCCUUUAUUGCAAGAUACAAAUACAAACAAAACGUCGUCAACAUUACUUUCAUUAGAAAAUGCGGAAGAAAGUCAAUCAACAAAUGUUUCAAUUGAGUGGUGAUCCUUUUCUGUGGAAUAUAAAUGAUGA